AAGACGUACUAUUACGGACAUAUAUCUUUAUCGCGCGGGGCAAGCGGCAGUGGUACCUCUUUCAGCAUAGCAGCCGUCUCGACAGCCUUUUCAGAUGGACUUUGCAGGUCGACCAGGCGGGCCGAUCGCGACUACUUUCACGCCACAACACACACAAGGACAUGUGCUAUGCUGCCUCUGUGGGGUGUCGAUCCCACCCAACCCCUCCAACAUGUGCGUCAACUGCAUACGAUCGCAAGUGGACAUCACGGAGGGUCUUCAAAAGCAGGUGACAAUCCUGUGGUGUAAGGAAUGCGAGAGAUACCUGCAGCCGCCCAAGCACUGGGUGAGAGCAGCUAUAGAGUCCAAGGAGCUUCUUACCUUCUGCAUCAAGCGGCUAAAGGGGCUCCAAAAGGUGAAGCUGGUGGACGCGGGCUUCAUAUGGACAGAGCCCCAUUCGCGCAGGCUCAAGGUGAAGCUGACCAUUCAGGCAGAGGUCAUGAACGGGGCCAUCCUGCAGCAGACAUUUGUGGUGGAGUAUGUGGUCGAGCCGCACAUGUGCAUGGACUGCACCCGCGCCAACACCAACAGCAACGUCUGGACAGCCUGUGCGCAGGUGCGGCAGCACACAGGGCAUAAGAGAACCUUCUUCUACCUGGAGCAGCUCAUCCUGAAGUACGAUGUGGACCAACAGUGCAUCAGCAUCAAGGACAUGCAUGAGGGCGUGGACUUCUUCUUCAGCAACAGGGCGCAUGCGCUCAAGUUCAUUGACUUUACGCAGAACCAUGUGCCGAUCAAGUAUCGCCACGACAAGCAGCUGGUCUCCCACAACGAGCAUGCCAGCACCUACAACUACAAGUACACCUUCUCUGUGGAGAUUGUGCCCAUCUGCAGGGAUGACCUGGUGUGCUUGCCGCCCAAGGCAGCGGCGUCUCUGGGCGGUUUUGGGCCCCUGGCGCUGUGCACGCGUGUCUCCAACACCCUCACGCUAACCGACACCCAGACGCUGCGCUCCGUGCAGAUAGAUGCCAACACAUACUGGCGGUACCCCUACAGGCCGGUGGUGACGAGCCGGCAGCUGGUGGAGUUUGUGGUCCUGGAUGUGGAGCCCGCGGCCCCCUCGCAGAACAGCCGCUUUUUAUUGGCUGAUGUCCAGGUUGCAAAGGCAUCGGACUUUGGGCGCAACGACAGGACGUUCUUCGUGAGGACUCAUCUGGGCCACCUUCUGCAUGCGGGCGACUCGGCUCUGGGCUAUGACAUGUCAACAGCCAACACAGUGGAACCCGAGCUGGACGCUGCAGUUGCCAAGGGCCUCCAAGUCCCCGACAUCAUCCUGGUGCGCAAGAGCUACGAGGAGAAGCGGCGGCGGAGGAAGGCGCGCGGUGAGCAGCGGGCGUGGAAGCUCAAGCGCAUGGCGAUGGAGGCCGAGGAGGAGCCCGGCACCAGCGGCCGCGGCCGCGACGCCCGCGCAGCGCCGCGCCACGAGCAGGACCUCGAGCGCUUCAUGCAGGAGCUGGAGGAGGACCCGGAGCUGCGCGCCAAGAUGGCGCUGUACCGCGACCCGGCCUACAACCCCGUGGCGGAGGCCGAGCGCCGCGCUGCGGCCAUGACAGACGACGAGGACGGCGAUGUCCCAGAGGUGCCCCUGGAAGAGCUGCUGGACGACCUGGCCGGCCUGCAGCUGGACGAGGAGGAGCAGGAGGGAGCCGAGCAGCAGAACGCAGGCAUGCAGCAUUGA